CACUCACUAAAACACACACACACACACUCUACAGCUUAAGGCAGUGGUCACGGUUCUGUUAAACUUAUAUGAUAAUAAAUGAAACAACUAAUCACACACCGUUAGAUUUGGUGCCCACUUUUUUCUGGGUCACGGAUUUCGAAAAUGCUUUUAUGCUAUUCCUUUCUUGGAUCAUGAUCGAGCAAUUCUUGUUCUACACAUGCACAUUCUGAUACCCAGUGUGUUUUUAUACCGAUCUCUUACUUACCCAGGACUGUUUUCUAGCCUAUGCUGAUUUCCAUUCAAGCAGGGUGAAUAAAUCUUCAAUGGGGAAGAUUAAUAUGGUCUGGUGUGGAGCUUUAAUGUUAUUUGUAGCUCUAAUUGUAAUGGGGAAGGCAGAGAUUUACAUAGUAACAGUUGAAGGAGAGCCAGUGAUAAGUUAUAGAGGGGGUGUAGAUGGUUUUGAAGCUACUGCUGUGGAGACUGAUCAACAGAUUGAUGUUCACAGUGAGACUGUGACAUCUUAUAACCGCCACCUAAAGAACAAACACGAUAUGCUUCUUGGAAUGCUCUUCGAGGAUGGAACUUACAAGAAACUCUAUAGCUAUUGUCAUCUUAUAAAUGGAUUUGCAGUUCAUAUAUCUCCUGCACAGGCAGAAGUUCUUAGACAAGCCCCGGGUGUGAAAUCUGUUGAAAUGGAUUGGAAAAUGAAGAAGCUAACAACACAUACACCUCAAUUUCUUGGGCUUCCUACUGGAGUCUGGCCAAGUAUGGGUGGUGGCUUUGAUAGGGCUGGAGAAGAUAUUGUAAUAGGAUUUGUGGACUCGGGGAUUUAUCCACACCAUCCUAGCUUCUCGAUAAACAAUACUGAACCGUAUGAACCAGUUCUUAAGUAUAGAGGAAAAUGUGAAGUGGGUGAUAAUGAGAUGAGUUUUUGUAAUGGAAAAAUUAUUGGUGCUCAACAUUUUGCUGAAGCUGCAAUAGCAGCUGGAGUAUUUAAUCCUGAUAUUGAUUUCGCUUCUCCAUUGGAUGGAGAUGGACAUGGAAGUCAUACAGCAGCUAUUGCAGCAGGGAAUAAUGGGAUUCCUGUGAAUAUGUACGGAUUUGAAUUUGGGAAAGCGAGUGGAAUGGCUCCUCGUGCUAGGAUUGCAGUUUACAAAGCACUUUAUAGGCUUUUUGGAGGUUUUGUUGCAGAUGUUGUUGCUGCUAUUGAGCAGGCUGUUCAUGAUGGUGUGGAUAUUAUAAAUCUCUCGGUUGGACCAAACAAUCCUCCAGCCGCAACAAAAACAACAUUCUUAAAUCCAUUUGAUGCAACACUUCUUGCUGCUGUGAAAGCUGGAGUUUUUGUUGUUCAGGCAUCUGGGAAUGGAGGCCCUUUUCCAAGAACCGUAUUAUCAUAUAGCCCAUGGAUAACCUCAGUAGCUGCAGCAAUUGAUGACCGACAAUACAAAAACCAUCUCUUUCUUGGAAAUGGAAACAUUUUGCCCGGACUAGGAUUGUCACCUGCAACACAUGGAAACAAAAGCUUGACUAUGGUUGCAGCCAACGAUGUUCUUCUAGAUUCAUCAUCGCUGAAUAACAAGUACAGUUCUUCAGACUGUCAGAGACCGGAACUUUUGAAUAGAAAUUUGGUUGAAGGAAACAUUCUUGUUUGUGGCUAUACAUUUAAUUUCGUAGUUGGUUCUGCUUCAAUCAAGAAGGUUUCGGAGACAGCCAAGAAUCUUGGUGCUGCUGGUUUUAUUCUUGCUGUUGAAAAUGUUUCUCCAGGAACUAAGUUUGAUCCUGUACCUACUGAAAUUCCUGGGAUUCUUAUAACGGACGUCACCAAAUCAAUGGAACUUAUAAAUUAUUACAACAUCUCAACGUCAAGAGAUUGGACUGGACGUGUGAAAAGAUUCAAUGGAGUGGCGAAAAUCGGGGAUGGAUUGAUGCCUAUAUUACACAGAACUGCACCUCAAGUGGCACUCUUUUCUGCAAGAGGGCCUAAUGUCAAAGAUUACAGUUUGGACGAUGCUGAUCUUCUCAAACCGGAUAUACUUGCUCCAGGAUCUUUAAUUUGGGCUGCAUGGUCACCCAAUGGAACCGACAAUGCUAACUAUGUAGGGGAAGGAUUUGGAAUGAUAUCUGGAACGAGCAUGGCUGCACCUCAUAUAGCUGGGAUAGCUGCUCUUGUGAAGCAAAAACAUCCUCAUUGGAGCCCUGCUGCAAUUAAAUCAGCCUUAAUGACAACUUCCAAUACGAUGGACAGAGCUGAGAGACCUCUUCAAGCUCAACAGUAUUCUGCUUCACAGACUAUCACACUUGUUCAUGCAACCCCUUUUGAUUAUGGGAGUGGUCAUGUCAAUCCAAAGGCUGCUCUAGAUCCUGGCCUCAUAUUUGAUGCUGGUUAUGAAGAUUAUUUGGGAUUCUUGUGUACUACACCUGGAAUUGAUGUUCAUGAGAUAAUGAACUAUACAAAUUCACCAUGCAACUAUACACUUGGCCAACCGUCAAAUUUAAAUACACCAUCCAUCGCUAUCUCUCAUCUCGUGGGGACUCAAACCGUGACUCGGUCAGUUACAAACGUGGCUGAUGAAGAAGAAACAUAUGUGAUCACAGCAAGAAUGGCACCGGAGAUUGCCAUUGACACAAAUCCUCCAGCAAUGACACUCAGACCAGGUUCAACGAGAAAAUUUUCAGUUUCUGUUACUGUUAGAUCGGUUACAGGUUCUUAUAGCUUCGGAGAGGUGUUGAUGAAGGGAAGUAGAGGUCAUAAGGUCAGGAUUCCAGUUGUUGUUAUGGGUUAUAAUUAUCAUCAUCGUCGGUAAGGUCAGUUUUUGAUAUAUUCUUUAUGGUUUUAGUUGAAGAUGGGAAUAAAAAAUAAAAAAGGAAUUUUGUUGAAUUAUUUGGCUUGUCUUAUUAAUGUCUAUCUAUCUAUCUAUCUCUUUACACAUUAGUCUAUUGUAUUUGUUUCAUAGAAUUGAUGUAUGUAUGUAUGAAUGGAUGGAUGUUUUUGUAACAUUAAUUAAGAAAUGUAUUUAAUGGCCUUCAUAUUAGUUAUUG